AUGGACGACAAUGCACCAGCCCCUCUUCUGUCGCACUUCGCGAUCAAGUUACCACAAUUCAUCCGCCCUCGGCCUGAUCUGUGGUUUAGCCAGGCAGAAUGCCAAUUCACAUUGGGCCACAUCACAUCACCAACAACAAAGUUUCAUCACGUGAUGUCAGUGCUACCCGAGGACGUACUGAUCGAGGUCGCAGACAUCCUAAGCUCCCCUCCUUCCGACGACCCCUACGAGGCCUUGAAAAACGCUAUCAUUAGCAGAGCCUCUCCGUCGGACCGGGAAUGUCUGCGCGAGCUGACAUCGAAUGAACCGUUAGGGGACCGCAAACCCUCCCAACUACUCCGCAGACUACGGUACCUGCUCAGUGGCCCCCCGCCGCUCCUCGACACCAGGAUUCUUCGCGAAAUGUUUCUGUCGAAGCUUCCACCUUCGGUCCAGAUGGUCCUCUCCGCCUCCGAAGAUACCACCCUUGAGGCGUUGGCGGAGCGUGCGGACAAACUCAUGGAGCUAGGGCGAAGCAAUGAUUUUGCAACUGGUAUCUCUGCGCUCCAGUCACCCAGCAACGACCCCGGUGCUUCCUGUCAGGCGGCAGUCUCUGUGAGUGGCCAGGCAGACUUCGCGUCUCUACGUCAGCAGGUGCGCCGACUUGCGGACAUUAUGGAGGACUUUCGUUUCGGCAACCUUCCACGCAGCCGCUCCUUCUCUCCUCGCCCUCCGAGCCGUUCCCGCCCGCGCCGUAACAGCAGCCCGAACCGUGCAAAUUCCGAGCUUGCCCGAUCGCCCCCACCUCGACGCCUCUGCUGGUACCAUAGCCGUUUUCGCCAUCGCGCAAGGCGCUGUGAGGCACCCUGCGACUGGCAGGAAAACUUCCGCGGGGAUCGCUAG